AUGGAAGUUUGCGAGGUCUGCACCAGCGCGGGGUACAUUCUGACCCGUGAGGGCACGUGCCGCCCCUGCGCCGUCGGCACCUACAAGAUGACAGAAACCAGUUGCGGCGCGUGCAAGAUGGGCCAGGUGGUGGCUGCGAACAAAGAGGAGUGCGAGAAGUGUCCUGACAGUAAGUACGCGCCGGCGACAGGAAACACGUGUCAGGGCUGCGCACCGGGUACCAUAGCGGCUGGGGGUGCGGGGAAUUGCACCACCUGCCCCGCGGGACAGGUUCCGAACGCCGACCAGACGAUGUGUGAGGGCUGCCCGCCGGAAAAGGUCGCGAUCGCCGGAGAUGUUGCGUGCAGGGCAUGCCCGCUUGGGUUCGUGCCGUUGCCCGACAAGAGCAUCUGCGUGCCCUGUCAACCCGGGACCUUUUCCGUCCAGGAUGGUAUGACGUUGACCUUGAUUGCUUUCUUAUGAAAAACAGCUGAUUUUUAGGUUUUGGGCUGGAUAUGUAUCGAGAUAAGGAGGACAAGAUGAAGAUGAUGAACGUCUCCCUCUUAUUAAACGAUGAAUCAUGAAUGCAACGAAACUGAACGAAGUGUUUGUGUGAAUGCACUGCAAAACAAAACCUGCAGCGACUAGUUGCACUGCUUGCCCCGCGGCCACCUACGCCCCCAGUAUGGGAACCGCUGGGGAGUGCUUCAAGUGUCCCGCCGGUGCUGUGCCAAACGCAAAUGCUACAGCCUGCGAGCAGUGUCCCGCGGGUACCUUCGUGGCUCCGGACAAGACGAAAUGCGUGACGUGUCCCAUCUAUCAGUACGCUCCUAACGGUACGGAGGACAAAUGCGCCAAUUGCCCCGGCGGGUCUGCGCCAGACCCGGCCACCGGGCGUGGUUCUUGCAUCCGUUGCGAGCUCGGCUUUGCGGCUGCUUCGGGGGCGAAGGCUUGUCUGCCAUGUCUUUCCGGCUUGGUUUCUUCACCCUACCGAGACAGCUGCAUCGCUUGCCCCCCGGGAAUGGCGCAGGAAGACGGCGUGUGCAAGCCCUGUUCCGCCGGACUCGUGAGCACGCAGGGUCUGGAGUGCAAAGCCUGCCCAGCGGGGCAGGAACCGAAUCCUCAGGGGGAUUUGUGUGUGGACUGCCCCGUGGGCCUGGCGAAGACCGUGAACGACGCGACCUGCCAAUUGUGCACCGGCGCAACCAUCUCGGAGAAGCCCGGCGCCACGACCUGCAGUCAGUGCCCCGACGGCUCGCGGUCCAACCCGGGCAACACGUUGUGCGAGGGGUGUCCCCCCGGCAGCGCGGGAACGGGCGGCAUGUGCACCCUCUGCCCGGACGGGACCAGGCCCAACGGAAACUCGACCGUUUGUAUCCCCGCGGACGCGGGCAAGGUCUACAUCGGCGGUAUCGGCCGGAAGUGCUUCGACGGUUUCGAACCCGACCCCACCACCUUCGCCAGCUGCAGGCCCUGUCAACCGGGCUACGCGGGCAAGAACGGGCUGUGCGACGACAAGUGCCCCGCGGACUUCCAGCCCACCCCGGCCCGGGACAAGUGCGAACCCUGUCCCGAGGGGACCACCAGCACAGACGGGGUGGAGUGCGGCAUCUGUCCAGACGGCAAGGAGAAGGACCCGAACGGGGUCGGCUGUGUUCCCUGCAAGAAGGGCACCGCGGGGC